AUGCAAACGAUGCUGGUGACGCUCCUGCAGCACUUGCUAGGGACGCUGGCGCUCUCGUCAGCCACUGACUGGACACCCAAAGCAGCUCAAGUUGAACGUACGCGUCCUGUGCUGCUUAUCCCGGGCUUUGCGUCGUCCCAGCUGCAGUCCUGGAGCCAGUAUCGCUGCACGAGUGGCUUCAGUUCCAAUUUGUAUCGUGAGAUCGAGUUUGGCGACCGCUUGUGGGUCGAUUUGGCGCGUGUUUUGGCCCAAACCGAGUGCUGGAUCCGGUGCCUGAAGCUCGAGCUCCCCACGCAGGACGAACUCGAGUGCAAACUCCGAGCUGUGCAAGGACUGGAAGCCAUUUCGGAGCUCGAUCCAGGUGUGGUCACGGGGCCACUGUCCACGGUGUGGCGCAGUCUCAUUCACGACUUGGUGGACCAUUUUGAACUGGAUCCGGACCAACUGAUUGUCGCGACGUACGACUGGCGACUGCCGCCAAGCAAGUUGCAGGAACGGGACAAGUACUUUUACUCACUCAAGAAGAAGAUCGAGUAUGCAGUCGAGCUGGAUGGCAACAAAGGCGGAGUGGUUGUAAUCGCUCAUUCGAUGGGCAAUGGCGUCUUCCGCUACUUUCUCGAGUGGCUGAAUGACGAAGUGGGUCGCAAUAACCGACAGAGCUGGAUCGAUCGACACAUCUCGGCUUACUUUGCGGUCGGCUCGCCGCUCCUCGGAAGUGCCGAGUCGCUUGAGCUGAUAUCGUCAGGUCUUACUGAAGGACUUCCGAUCACGCAAAGCGAGAUACGCAAGCUCGUGGUCUCGUUUGGCUCGAUAUUGAGUUUCAUGCCGAUAUCGUCUGGCUUGAACUCCGCUAAGGACAAUGAAGUGCUCAUUGCCGUGCGCUCGCUGCUUCCUGGUAAUAACCAGACGCAGCUUCGCAACUACACGAGUGCCGAUAUCGCAUCAGGCCAACUGUUCCGCGAUAUGUCGGCACACGAUCCGAUCUUCGGCAAACUGGAGACGAUGCGCCAAAAGUUUUACGCAGACGACCCUGUCCUCGAUUUUUUCAAACCCUGGGAACGUCCGCCUAUUGCUUCGGUGUACAGUGUCUACGGUGUGAAUGUUCCAACCAAAAACUUCUACGAGUACGAGAAUGCGAAUACACCGGGUCAUUGGUACCAGGUGGAGUACAUGAAUGAAGAGGGUCACAACCUCACCUGUACCAAAACAGGCGACGGCACCGUGACUUAUCAUUCACUGUCUUGGGCACACUCAUGGCUCGGCUCGAAAGGGUCCUCCGUGCGAGUGACGCAGACGCCACAGUCGGUCUAUUUUUCAGCUGAUAACAUCACGCGUGUGCGGGCGGUGCGGCACGCAAAGACGCAUCAUGCCGAGUAUUCGCUACUCCACGGUAAUUUGCCCAUCUGUGAGGGUAACAUCGAGUCGUCCUCUUCCAGCAGUUUUUUUGCAGGACUCUUUGGACCGGUCAAUCGCGACCGAAUUACCUUCUUUGAAAGCUCAACACAUGAAGACGGCGCUGCUACAUCCACUGGUGUGUGGGAAAUCGAUGGAGUCAAGCACCGCGACAUCCUUUCCAGCCCGGUAUUUCUCCGCGAGUUGCGCGCCGAGCUGCGUCAUAUCUUUAAUGGCAAAACAAACUCGGACAAGUCAUCUCGCCCGCCAGUGAUCGAUGGUGACUGCUACUGGAAUUACCGCUACGCUCGCUGUGAGUUCCCGGUGUUCUGUGAAUACCGAUAUGUUUUUGGGGAUGUGACCUUCGACCAGUCCUGCCGCGUUCGUCUCAACGAUGGCCUCCUUGGUCCAGCACAUCCAACUCCUUACUUCGGCGUCUCGGCAUCAACUUCGAGGCCGGAUCCAGUCGAGCUUUCGUUUACUGGACCGUACUGUUCUGCUCCAUGUUUGUUGCCGAUGUCUACAUCAUCGAGCAUGGCCAUGACCCUGUUGUCGAAUGUCAGUCGCUUCGGUCCCCUUCAACGCGACCCGUUGCAGACACGGACAUGCGACGAAGGCUCAACCUGA